AUGUACUUUGGAUACAACAAUGAAAGAGGAUGUUAUAUCCAUGUCUAUGAUUAUGAUUAUGAUUAUGAUUAUGCCAAGAUUGACAUGGAUUUGAUGAAGCAGGGAAACAAUGCCCAUGCCACCAUCGUAGCCAGCUAUUACCUGAAUCAUUGCAUUGCUCUGGACUUGGAAGCAGUGCGAAAGGGGAUACUAUGGAUUGCAGAGUGCCAGGGGUAUCAGUGGAUGCCAACAAGGGGCAGUCUCAGGUAUGCAGACAGAUACUGGAAUGACAUGGGCAGCAUUUAUCCGCAGACAAAAUUCGAGAAUACAACUGUUUUCACACCUGCCAUCUUCAAUGUCAUCAAAUCCAUGAUGCGGCCAUUUAUUCCACAAGAUGUCUAUUCCAAGAUCAAGCUUGGCUGCCGAUUUCCAGGGUUCCAUGGACAGCGCUUAGAUUCAGUCUACAUGAUACCAACUCCGCAAAUUGCUGAACAACGUGUCCUCUCAAAGUGGCAUGAGGCACUUCACUUGCAAUACGCAAAUGAGCAGUCUUUCACUUUAUAG